UAUUUUUCCUCCUUGGACUGUUCUGGUUUCUACCAUCAGCAAGCGCCCAGAGGACAAACACAAUUGGCACAUGUCAGACGGAGACUCUGGGAAGAGAAUUCAUCACCUCCUACAUGGAACACUGUUGGAAUUCUAGUCAAUGUGAAGUGCAAAUUAGUGGCUACUUUGCCUUCACUUCAGUGUCUGUUUCCAUCUCCAAUUACACGGGUGACGGGGCAAAGUUUGAGAAGAAGGUUAUGGUAAAUCGGGGAGAGAUGGUGCCGGUCAGCCUACCAGUGUCAGUUGGAAUUAAGGGCACUACCAAGUUCUCCAAGGUGGUCCUAGUCAAGGCUGACAAAGAUAUCUCAGUAGUGUUUGUCAGCAACAAACAUGUGAGUCUUGAGACCACUGUGCUGUAUCCUGUCUCCAGCUUGGGAAAUGAACACUACCUAGUGACUCCCUCUACACAAUCCUUAGAUAGUUACCCAGAGUUCUCUGUUAUGACGUACGAAGACUGCAACGCCGUGGAGGUCCAUGUGAAAGGCCAGUUACAUUACAGAACACAGAUCAACUCCACUUGCGUCAGAAUUAAGCUCCGAGCUUUUGAAGGUUAUCAGUUUCAAGGCAUAGGAGAUCUGUCUGGCACCAGGAUUGUCUCAGAAAAGCCAGUGGCCGUCCUGGUUGGUUUGUGUUUUUGUAAUAACACAAAAUGCAACCAUGUCUUUGAGCAGCUCCUACCAGUUUGCAGCUGGGGUACAAAAUACAUCAUUCCUCCCUUGCCCUGGCAGAAAGUGAAUGAAAUGGUCUACAUCACUGCUUCCCAGAACACAACUGUGUUGUAUCAACUAGGGGAACAGCAAGAGACUGUUACUCUAGCAGGAGGCAGUGUACUCCAGCGUCCUGUCAAGCCCUGGAUCCCAGUCUCCAUCUCUGCUAAUGUGGGCAUCCAGGUGGUGUUCUACAGCGUGGGCGCAGCUGUCCCUAAUUCCUCCCACGCCUUCCUGAUGAAUGUUCCAGAUGUUGCCUGUUACUGCCGGAUGUAUUCUAUAAAUGCCCAGAAGGACUUCGAGAACUUUGCCUUGAUGGUGGCCAAUACAUCAGAGACUGGCGCCAUCAUCCUAGACAAUCAGCCUCUAAGGGAUGUGGUGUGGAACCGAGUCCCUGGCACUGUGUUAGUUUGGGGCAUGCGUCUGCUUGGACCUGCCAUCAGCUCCCAUGCCGUGGAACAUCCCAGCUCUCCAUUUGCGCUCCUGAGUGUUGGCACUGCCGCCAUGGACAGCUAUGGGAUUCCGGGUUCCUGCAGGAAGAAUGUUACCUUUCAAUGUCAGACUGAGACUCCACAGAUAAAAGAGCAGUUGAAGAGAUGCAAAGAUGUCUUUCUGCAGGGCAGCAACAGUGAAUUUUGCUCCUUUGUGAAUUCAACCUUGGUGAAUUUGGAGACCAUGUGUGCAGAGGACAGAGCAGUAUCGCUGCAGGAAGUUGCUCGUCCCUUUGGUUCCUUCCUGAAUAGCUCCAUCCUCAGUGCUGGUGGGAAGGAGAACGAGGGGGAGGUGGCCUCUGCCGUGACGUUCCUCCUGCAGAGUGUGGAAUUGGCUGCACUGACAGCUGCUUUGAGGUCUCCGAAGAAUACGACCCAGACUGUGACAACAGAGUCUAUGGCUAUCGAGACGCUCCAUGUUGAGCUGGCUGCAGGUCCCUGUGAUAAGGUCUUCACGCUGAGAGCUCAGGAGCAGGCAAUGGACAUUCACUGCGAUACGGUCACCAGAGCAGCGACAGAAGAUUCCUGGGCUGUUGCUUUUAUUUCUUACUCCACCCUGGGCUCCAUCAUUAACAAGAGAUUUCUCAACGAGGGAGAUCUAACGGCUGAUGAGAAAUUGAGGAAUUGUCACCUGAAUUCCAGGGUGGUGAGUGGGGCUGUUGGCAACGGGAGCCUCAUGAACAUCUCCAAACCUGUGAACUUCACCCUGCGCCAUAGACAGGCAAAGAAAGAGGAGGAAGAGACUCGCUGCGUUCACUGGAAAUUCAUCGCUGGGAAAGGCACCUGGGCUGAGGAUGGCUGCACCAUUCUCCACACGAACAGCACUCACACCAUCUGCAGCUGUGACCAUCUCUCCAGCUUCGCACUCCUUAUGGGUCUCAGCGGAGUGGAGGUAUCUCAUUGUCAGACUCAGAUCAAAGGGCUGAACUCUGAGCUCCUGAUUUGAGCAAAAUCAGUGGGAAUUUUGCUGAAUGAACGCUGAGUCGGAACCUCGGGGUAUAAUCUGUGGCCCUACAGGAUGGGUCAGGGUCAAGGGGGCAGGGCUGGGGUUGUGAUCUGAGGUGCCUAGAGUAGCCCACACUGACAAUGCCAAGGUCAGGGCAGGCUGCAAAAAGGAGAGCAGAUUCCCCCAGAACUGGUGGUUAACACUGUAGUUAGAAUCACCAACCAGUCAGUCUGUGCCUUGGAUCCCCCACACUGGUUAUCGAGAAGCUGAAAAAAAGAACUCACACAGCCCCCUUGAUUGCAUUCCAGUCUCUGGCUCCCAAUCAGCAGAGAGGUCCAGUAAAGUGAGAAGUUACUUAAAACUCUAGUCACUUAACAAAAUGGUCUUCUGAUUCCCAAAGGGGCAGCCACAUUGCCAAGGCAAUAUUAGUUUGGAUCUUACCCAAAAUACACACUGCCAGCCAGUCCUUUAGUACAGGGGAUGGCAACCUGCGGCAUGCGUGCCAAAGGCGGCACGCGAGCCAAUUUUUACUGGGAUGUUGCUGCCAGC